GGCCUCACACCUUUUUAACUCAAAGUUCACGCAAUCGAUCAUGCAGAUGCUACCAAAAAGCUGUUACAUAAUGAAAUUACAUAUGGUAGCACUGUUCCUCAAUUUUAGGAAGGCUUGCGUACGCGUAACCGAUAGUUGAUAUUCGAUCGUGAGAAUUUUACUGAGGAGGAUUUACGGCACGCUUUGAGCUGCUGAGUGGUGUUUUCGGCUAUCUGCCUGGUGUUUUAAGCUAUCAAGUAGAUAUCUGCGUCUUCUUCUCUUCUGAAAAAUGACUACGGCUGCUGUGAAAUCUGGUCUUUUGGCCGGAAACUUCGGCCUUAUUUGUGGGCAAAGUCUGGUCCGUGGGGCCCAGACGGCGGCGGCGGCCAACCCUGCUUCUCAGCGGCGCAUUAAGCAGUUUUCCAUCUACCGAUGGAACCCAGACAAGCCUGGAGACAAGCCCCACAUGCAGACCUACGAUGUCGACCUCAACUCGUGCGGGCCCAUGCUUCUCGACGCCCUCAUCAAGAUCAAGAACGAGAUGGACCCGACGCUGACGUUCCGGCGCUCGUGCCGUGAGGGCAUCUGCGGCUCGUGCUCGAUGAACAUCGGCGGUGUCAACACCCUGGCCUGCAUCAGUAAGAUCGACACGAACCUGUCGAAGCCGACCAAGGUGUACCCGCUGCCGCACAUGUACGUCAUCAAGGACCUGGUGCCGGACAUGAACAACUUCUACGAGCAGUACCGCAGCAUCCAGCCGUGGCUGCAGCGCGCCGACGCCAAGGGACGCGAAAAGGAGUUCCUCCAGAGCGUCGACGACCGAAAGAAACUGGACGGUCUGUACGAGUGCAUCCUGUGCGCGUGCUGCAGCACCUCGUGUCCGUCCUACUGGUGGAACGGCGACAAGUACCUGGGACCGGCUGUCCUGAUGCAGGCGUACCGUUGGAUCAUCGACUCCCGUGACACGGCUACAGAGGAGCGGCUGGGACGCAUCCGCGACCCCUUCUCCGUCUUCAAGUGUCACACCAUCAUGAACUGCACCAAGACCUGCCCCAAGGGCCUCAACCCCGGCCUGGCCAUCGCCGAGAUCAAGAAACUUCUGUCCGGCAUUGCUAAGAAGCAGGAGCCCGGCCUGGCCACCACAGGCACCGCUUAAUGCCGCUUUAGAGACAGACUUUAUGUGCUUCGUAGUUGGUUUGGCCCGACCAGACCGCAGCAAAGACGACUCGGGCUAUCCGAAGGAAGAUGUGUCAGGCGCCGAGCGGUGCGCGAGUAACUGAACAGUGGUGUCGGUGUGAUAUUUUGUUCGGCCAGCGGCGAGUGAGGCUCGGCCAAACUUGUGCUGGCUCGCUUCGCUCUGUUUGACUUGAACGACUGCGCGGGUGGGCUAUCACAUGUUGUAUAUACAUAUAUAAUAUAAUAUGCGCUCCCCGUGGAA